CUUAUCUUCUUAUUGGUAAAUUACCGUCCGGUCCUCAGUGGGUUAUUGGCCACAGCCUGCUUGAUGUCGUCCUCUCGUUAACGUAUCAAGAGCUGCCAACAUGCUACCAACUCGCAUGGUGUUCCGCUGCAGUUUUAUACUAUUGACACUUUCUUAUUGGUGUAAGGGCUUGGAGCACAAAAUAGCUGCAGAAGAUGACAUUUUACUUAGAGACGAGGAGGCUGAAGAUAAACCACUAUGUUCCAAUCACAUCCACAAAUUCUACAGGCAGAUGAAGUGUGAACCGGAGACUACACCGGGGGCAAGGUGUCCAACCAGCUACAAGUGCCCUACUCUGGAGGGGCGAAAGAAUGACUCCUGUUAUUAUGAUAACAAAGAAUAUCCGCUGGGAGCUAAUCUGACUCUGGACUCAGCGGACUUUCACAACCCCUGUAUACAAAGUUGUCAGUGUGUGAAGGUGCUAGAAGAAGCAGGUUUCCGAUGUUCGGCGAGGGAACAAAAGUGUGAAGCACUGCCACCAGGCUGCAAACGUCUCCCAUUUCAAAGUUCCUACCCCUGUUGCCAUAGAGCUGUGGCCAGUUGCAAUAAAGGAGAGAAAGUCAGAUGUAAAUACAAUGGAAUCACCUACGAUGAAGGAUCCAAGUUCUACCCGGUGGCUGAUUUUACUUGUAUACAAUGCGUCUGUGCAGCGGGAUUCAAUGGUUCUAUAUCUCCACCUUACUGCCAGCAGUUCCCAUGUGUCCCGGAGCUGCAGACCGUAGCAUCUGCCAUGUUCACGCGCGGCUGUAUCCCAGCGUACAUGCACAUGGGUGGCUGCUGUCCUAUUUCAUUUCGCUGUCCCAGAUCGACUGACAGCAUAAUUAAGGCCUAUGUAAAGCCCAUGGAGAGCAUAUCAGGGAAGGUCUGCAAGUUCGGUAACCUGACCUUGGAGAUAGGAGACCGACUGUCGACCUGGUACAUGCCCGGAGGGAGAGGUAGAGAGACAGUCUGUUACUGCCUAGUUCCACCACUAGCCUCCUGCCUUGUUCGUUUCCACGUCACUCCGGAACAACGUAUGGCGCUUUCAGAGGGCGAACUGCUUGGAGACGCGACAUAGCAGUUCGUUCUGGCCCUCGGGAUCGAAGUGUGGGAGAGAAAACGACUAUGCUGAAUACAUUAGUACUGUGAUUUUUAAGAUAAAUCGAAAUGAAAACAUU